UAUUAUCAAUUUUAUUUUACUUUCUCUCACAUCACACUUUCCUCUCUCCCUCUCCCUCUCCCUCUCUCUCUCACAGCUAGGGUUUGGAUCUUGCACAGAACGAUUGCAAUGGAAGGAGGAGGGAAUCUAGAGUCAUCGAUAGAGCAACUGCUGAAUGUGGAGAAGCAGAUGAGGCUUUCCGGCGAUGUCGCCGGAACAAAGAAGGCCGCCACUGACAUUCUUCAGCUCUGCUUCGAAGCUCGAGCAUGGAACACUCUCAACGAUCAGAUUGUUCUCUUGUCUAAGCGCCGUGGCCAGCUUAAGCAGGCUGUAACUGCAAUGGUCCAGCAAGCAAUGCAAUAUAUAGAUGAGACACCAGAUAUUGAAACUCGUAUAGAGCUCAUCAAAACACUAAACAAUGUAUCUGCCGGGAAGAUAUAUGUUGAGAUUGAAAGAGCUCGCUUGAUCAAGAAACUUGCAAAGAUUAAGGAAGGACAGGGGCUUAUAGCUGAAGCUGCAGAUUUGAUGCAAGAAAUUGCAGUGGAAACCUUUGGUGCAAUGGCAAAAACUGAAAAAAUUGCAUUUAUUCUAGAUCAAGUACGUUUGUGCUUAGACCGCCAGGAUUAUGUUCGUGCCCAAAUCCUGUCAAGGAAGAUCAGUCCAAGGGUUUUUGAUAUUGAUACUUCAAAAGAAAAGAAAAAACCUAAAGAAGGUGACAAUCUUGUUGAAGAGGCUCCUGCUGAUAUACCAUCUCUAUUGGAGUUGAAGCGGAUUUACCAUGAACUAAUGAUAAGGUAUUAUACCCAUAACAAUGAUUACCUUGAAAUUUGUCGUUGCUAUAAGGCAAUUUAUGACAUUCCAUCUGUCAAAGAGAACCCAGCACUGUGGACUCCGGUCCUGAGGAAAAUCUGUUGGUUUUUGGUUUUGGCACCUCAUGAUCCAAUGCAAUCAAGCCUUCUUAACUCAACCUUGGACGAUAAGAAUCUUUCUGAGCUUCCAAAUUUUAGGUUGCUGUUGAAACAACUAGUCACAAUGGAGGUCGUCCAAUGGACAUCUCUUUGGAAUGCAUACAAGGAUGAGUUUGAGAAUGAAAAGAGCAUGCUUGGAGGCUCUUUGGGUGACAAAGCAGCAGAAGACCUAAGACAGAGAAUAAUUGAACAUAACAUUCUUGUUGUUUCAAAAUAUUAUGCAAGGAUCACCUUGAAGAGACUUGCAGAGCUGUUGUGCCUCAGUAUCCAGGAAGCGGAGAAGCAUCUUUCAGACAUGGUGGUGUCCAAGGCACUGAUGGCAAAGAUUGACAGGCCAAUGGAAAUAGUCUGUUUCCAGACAGCAAAGGAUAGCAAUGACAUUCUUAACUCGUGGGCGAUGAACUUGGAGAAGCUGCUUGAUCUUGUUGAGAAGAGUUGCCACCAAAUACACAAAGAAACCAUGGUUCACAAAGCUGCCCUGAAAGUUUGAAAAAUGAACUUCAUCACCUGCCGGUAGAACUAGCUCUCUGAUUGCCUUAAAUUAAGCUGUCAUUUUGUGGACUGAAGUGAGAACAAUAUAGAUUAUCACCUUGGCUGACCGGGUUUGUCAGGCAUGCAUUUAUCAGGUUUUUUCUCCUUUAGUUAUUUGUUUACCCCGGUCAUCUCAGAAAUAGAGAACUCGGAUAUGCUUGCCAGAACUCAAAGGGACAUUGUUGUAUACUGCCGGUACAUUCCGUGCGACUGACUAAUGACAGGAACCUCCUAAAUGGGCUUGUUUGUAGUGGUGGAAAAAAAUUGAUUGCACCACUUCAUUUAUUUUCUUAGGCUUUUGUUGAGAUUAUUUUAUCUUUUACAUAUUGUUUCCAACCUAAAGUCAUUUGUGCUUUUAGAUGUUUCAGUUAAUUUUACAAUGCAUUUUAGCUUUUGAUGGUUGUGA